AUGGGUGAAAUGAUACGAGAAGAGAUUUUGAAGAGAGUUAGGAAAGCUGGUGUAUUUUCAAUAAAUAUAGACACAACUACUGAUGUCUCUAACUUGGAACAAUUUUCGCUAGUCCUGCGUUUUAUUAAUGAAGAAGGUCAAAUUGAAGAGAGGCUUACUGCUAUGAAAGUUGCUCAUGAUUCCACAGGAUUAGGAAUGUUCAAUGUUUUUUGUGAUAUAUGUAUUAAAUAUAAUAUAGAUUGGGAAACAAAACUAUGUGCUCAAUUUUAUGAUGGAGCUGCAUCGAUGCAGGGACAAUAUUCUGGUGUUCGAUCAUAUGUCCAAGAAAAAAAUCCAAAUGCUAUUUACGUUUGGUGUUUUGCACAUGUUUUAAAUUUGUUUGUUGUCGAUACCUGUGAUAAAUGUUCAAGUGUUAGAAAUUUCUUUGGAGAAGUUCAAAGUUUGAUCACAUAUAUGAGAGCAAGAAAACGAACAGCCAUAUUCCUAGAGCAACAAACUAAAUGUAAUCCUUCUGAAAGACCAUAUAGAAUAAAGAACUUCUCUACCACUCGUUGGACUUCGCAUGGCCGUGCAUUAUCAGUAAUAAGCAAAAAGUACUUGGCAUUUCUAAAAACAUUGGAAGAGUUAAUUAACUCAACAGAUAGAGAAACCUCUUCAACUGCAUCAAAUCUGUACAGAAUAAUGACUUCAUUCAAGUUUAUUUUGAAUUUAUUUUUAAUGGAAAAUAUAUUUUCCCAUACUACUCCAUUGUCAAUUUAUUUACAAUCUUCGUCUAUUGAUUUUAUUCAAGCAAUCACUAUGGUGGAUGUUUGUGCUAAAAAAUUAUCUGAUUUAAGAAAUGAACAGAGUUUUAACAAUUUAGUUACAAAAACAAAAUCAUUUGCUAAUGAAAUUGGAUUAGUUGAAUGUAAGUUGCCAAUUAUACGUAGCCGCCGUCGGAAACUGUUGCCUGGAGAAGUUGCUUCUGAUGAAAUAAUAACAAAUCCUUAUGACCAAUUUAAAAUUGAAGUUUAUUAUGUAGUAUUGGAUCAACAACUAGCGAGGGAUCAGAAAUUUCCGACGAUCAUUUCAUUGCGCUUAAAAAUUGGAUUCCUAGUCUAA